UGUAACCACAACAUAGAACUGGGGGUUCAAGGAUUUGAUGAAUUUUCACAGCCAGCCUAUAGCAAAUGUAUUUAGGCCUUGCUACAUUACAUUUACCAAACAGGACAAUUUAUAGGGAAAGGCCAAAAAAAUACUAAAUGCAGAUGGUAUGACCUCUUGUGUUACCUUUCUGGCUUGGGAGGAGACAAAGUACCUCGUUUACUGGCUACUUUAGCAAUCUCUACUGUAGCUAGCUAGCUAGUUCUAAGAAAAAAAGUUGCUGACAGCUGAGGAGGAUAGCUACAACGUCAGAGAACAGACACAGAAAAAACAAGGUAAGUGUAAAUUGGUGAACGCUCGAUAAUUUAAGACAUGAAUCGAUGUAUAUAAACUCCAGCUAGUUUAUGUGUUAAGAUACAAAAAGGAAAAGCCAUUCUACACUUGUAAUCUCUAAAAUAGAUUAGCGUUAACUAGUUUGCAAUUUAUCUAGCUACUGUUAGCUAGCUAGUUAUCCAUGCCAAGAUGAGUGAUUUCGCUAGCUAGCUAGUUAAAAGUUGGCUAACAAAGUUGCUUUUCGCCCUUGUCCCACUAACUAGCUAAUUUGAAACGAUCUAUUCAGACAACUGUUUCAAAUAGCACGUUUUGUUUCAAAUUGAGCUAACUAGCUAAGUGAAUGAGAGGAUAGUUAUUUUGCUAAAACAUAAAGCUAAUUAACUAACGCUAGCCUUGCUAUUGAGCAUGCUACCUAGCUUGUCAAACUCAGUUGGACCACAGAGUUUGGUUGGGCCAUGGCUUGCUAGUAUUACUACUUAUUUGUAUUCAUCAGAUACCAGUACCUAACUAGCUAUGUCAUCAGAUAUUUUUCAAAUGGGACAUUGAUUAUGUACUGUAACAAGUUUAUAUGUCCUCUUCAUCUAUCCACUGUAAAUCAUUUUGGAGUUCGCCGAAUGACAUUGGCAGCCUGCUGCCACGUCAGUGGCCAUACCCAGCUAAAUAACAACUUGUAUUUAACUAUUUUAGAUUUAACGUCUUUUGGAUGUUCAUUAUGCUCACAAAAUGAUUUUGAAGUAGCUAGUACUUAAAUGUAAGUGUUAAUGUAUUUCAUUGACUAAAUUGUCUCGAUCUCCACAUAUCUGAGUGAUGUACCACAAAUUAUGUCUACUGAAUCUAUAUUCAUACCAGCUUGGCUAUAUGCUUAAUGGAUGGCCAUAUAAACUGUCUUCAAUUGUUGCUUACUUAGCACAACUGGACCGCUAACCCUUUUACUGUGAAAUGAAGGUACUCUAGCCAGCACCUAGAUAUUUUUUGGUCCAUUUCAAAUUUCCAGACUAGUAAUUUGCCUAAAAGAAAUAGGAUAAUGAAAGCUUUUACACAAUGAUGUAUCUGUGAGUGUGCUAUGUUGAACUGUGGGGGGCACGUGAAAAGCAAAGUUUGCUUAUAGGCUAGUUUACUGUAGUGUGAAGGACAGUUUGAUGCCACAGUAACUGCCACAUAGGACUUCCCUACAGGCUAGCUGUUGAACAGCACCUGUUUCUACAACACUAAUUAGGACCAUGAGAUCAUGUUCAAAGGCCCUCAGCAAGCAUAUGAUUUAUGUUGACUCUGUUCAAGGCUUCCCUUCUAAGAAUUAGGCUUUAUCAUGUCUUUGUAUUAGUAUCAUGUGCUUAUCUUCCGUUUGGUGCCGUUAACUUGCCACCUGGUCUUGAAAUGUCUUUGUGAUCCUACUUUGCAGGUGGUGCACGCUGUUGGAUAAGGGCAAAACAAAUCUACUGAUUGAGUAAAAUCAAUUAAUUGCAUGUUCUGUAAAUUUCUUGAUUUUCAUCUUGUUGAGUUGAACAUAGCUGAGAUAGCCCAGUCAUCUGUUUCCCCCACUGGCUCUCUCAAUCUGGCUCUCUGUCUGCUUAUUCUCUAUGCUUCAACAGUAAACAGGUCUGCCUUGUUUGGUGUUGUUAGAAGCAGGCAGCACACCCUGGCUUAAAGUCAGACAGAGGAAUGGUUAAUCCAAAGGCAAUCCUUCUCCACUCUGUUUUUCAAGAACUAACCUAACGCCCAACUGCCAGAGGCAAAAUGUUUGUUCUAUGGUUUUCAGAAACUAUAUGGUGCCUCAUUUGGGAAGAAGUCAUAAUAUAGCCUACUGAAGAGAUAAUGAAUUGAUGAAUUGGUUGACUUGACCUGUUUUCUCUCCUGCCUAGAGGGAAGAUGAGUCAAAGCGAGCAGCAGCAGGAUGAAGUCCCAGCAUACCUCAAAGACGAGCCUCCAGCAGGUCAGUUCAGUCUCUUUAGUGGCCAAUAACAAGCUGAUGAACAUUGAAUGGACAAUGAUAACACAUAUUGUACACUGACACUCAGUAAUGUAGGAGGCUACAUACCAGUAACUUGAAUGCCAUCCUAUCACUGAAGAUCUUACUAAUAGGCCUAACUACAGUAAACCUGAACUUUAAAAAAAAUAUCCUGACAAAUUAGAAGUUUGAGUGAAUCUCAGUAUGUCUGAGGCAUUUGUAUUUGUACCAAUAGGUGGCAUUACCGUUCCAUCUUCUGCACUGUUAGUGGCACUACAGUUUCUGUCUAGCCCACCACACACUGAUUCCUUUGUCAUUAGAAGCAUUGAGACUAUUGAGGGCCGUCGUAACUAUAUUUAGCUUUAUCUUUCUAGUGGAGCUAUUACUCUAUCAUGUGGUCACAAUGGACCAUUCUAAGCAGAAGACAUGGUUCAACGACACAGACGUCCAUGUAGGAGCCUAUUCAUCAUUCUAUCGUGGCACUGUCUGUACAAUAUGGAACGGAGAGCCUUUGCUAUAAACUGGGGAAGUUGCGUUGUUCCUCUGCUUAACUUCUCUUAACACUAACACCCUAUUGUCUCUCAUCAGAUGGCAACAAGGAUCACCCUGUGCCCCAGCCAGGCAUGUUCUCCAGAGUGACUGGAGGACUCUUCAGUGUCACUAAAGGUGCCGUGGGAGCCACUGUGGGUGGGGUGGCCUGGAUAGGAGGGAAGAGCUUCGACCUGACCAAGACCGCUGUCACCUCAGUGGCUGCUGUACCUGGCAUUGGGGUGGGGCUGGUGAAAGGAGGGGUGUGUGCUGUAGCUGGAGGCGUGUCUGCAGUAGGCUCAGCAGUGGCCAGUAAAGUUCCUAUUGGAGGAGGCAAGAAGAAGGACAAGUCUGACUGAGGAGGGGGCGGACGGUGGUGCCAUUUUGGGUCUCGUGUCUGUUUCGUCUACAGUGUGGAGGGGCCUGGAGGGCUAUAGAGGAUUCAAAGUUGUGUGUGUUCACUUUUCGUGGAGGCCUACGCUCUGAUCCGCGAGUGUCUAUGGACCACUCUCAUAUUAGGUGGCCUGGCCACUGAGGAGGAGACUAAAUAAGGGGUUUCCUUGUCAGCAGUACAGGGACCACCCCACCCAUCUUUGUCUAUAAUAAUAACCAGUGCCUAAACUGUUGGAAUAUGAAAUGACUGACUGUGAAUGUUGUAUUUACUCUGUAGAUAAAAACCAGCCAACAAAAGAUUAGGCCUAUUUUAUUGCUUAGUAUUUGUUACAUCUCCCGGCCGCUGUUUAAGAAACAGGCCAAGAACAUUUUCACAAUGUUUAGGCGGUGUUCAUGUUCAUUGCGGUGUUUGGCAGUCAGACAAUCAGUGAUCGAUGCCUCUAACAGUAAAUAAAGAGGAUCUCAUGGGGGGGUUUGGUGCUGGGCCUGCACUGGGGGUUUACCACAGUGACCCCCGAGCUGUGGUGGGGUUCAGAUCGAAGAAGCCAGCACCGGGCUGUUCCAACCACUGAGGCAGCGCCUUGUUGUGAAAAGCAUUGGUGACGGCGGGGAGUUGAUGGCUGCACUCCAUCUCUCUGAUUGAUUCUGUUUUUGAGAUGACGGACUCUGUGCGUCUGGGUCUCAGCAGCCCAGCCUUGGUGGUCUUUCCCACAACAACACUCAUCACUCUCCUGCUGCUCCCCAAUAAUUACCACGGCACGCUGGGGUUUUAACGCUGCCUGACAGGGCUAUGGGAGACUAAACACUGCUAGGGAAGUCAAUGUUCCUGACUAGAUGUUUAUGCUGGUGAAAAUAGUUUUUUCCCCCUUUUUUCUUCUUCCGCUGUAAAGUAUUAGAUUUUUAUCUCAAACUCCCUGUUCCUGAUGUGAUGGGGAUUUUUUUUUUUAUUCCGGAGGGAUUCUAUUUCUCCACCAGGGAAAUUCUUUAAAGUGGAUGUUUUCAUUUUUAUUUGUCUUUUUCAUCUUCAGAUAAUGCUCUCUGGUGCAAGUAAUGUAACUUCAUGUUUUUCAAUGACAGAGUUGUUUUAGGAUCUGUUUGCCCUUUGAUGCGUCGAAUCACAGAGCUCUGUCACUGCCGUUCCUUUCUCUCUCGCUAUAUUUUGAACUUUAACAAGGUGCCUUAUUCCCACAAGAAAGCCUGAACUAAAGUAACUUAUUCCUUUUUGAACCUACCACUUAUAUACCUACCACCUUAUACCGUAGUCCACAUAUUGUUCCACUGCCCAAAACACAAACUAGCCUAUUUUAGCAUUAUCCAUAAAAAAAAAAAAAAAACAUUUAAG